AGUGUACCAUGAGUUGGCUGUCAAUAUCAUUUGGAUUACUUUUAUUUACAUUUUUACUUACGAUAUGGGCAGUGAAUCCGCGAUGGCAAAGUAUGGCCUACGACGUGGCCAAGGAGAUGAAUGUGACCGAUGAGUUGAGGGUCCGGGAGGCUUGGAAGUCAGCCAUAUCCGUGGGCAUGCAGCUGGAACAUUACUUUCACCGAAAGUUGGACAAAGACAAGAAAACUGGUGCCCUUGGCGUUUUGGAUAGUGCAUACACCGAUGCGAUCGUUUGCAUUCGAAGUUACUACGAAGGCCAUCAGAUGGAGCGCUUCAAGGACUGCAUUCGCCACGUGCUCGAACUCCACAUGGCCCGACUGCAGUCCCACAGUGAUAAAUUUUAUGGGGUGCGGUCUAGCGGAGCAAGCAGACUUCAAAUCUGGCACUGAUGAUUAUGGAGCAUUACAGCCCGAUCGCUGGCAGGCGUCAAGUCUGCUUUCUUUGUGUCUUCUACCCUCUGUUGUACUUCAAUUAGACAGUCAACUCGACACCCGA